GUCGUGGCAUACUACCAGACAUGGAAGCACCAGUCAAUGAUGAACAUUGACUGGUCCAAGAUCAGCCAUGUCAACGUCGCUCAUGGCAUUCCCACAGACUCGGGCGACUUUUCUUUUGAUGGUGAGUGGUUCCUGUCGCAACUCGUGCGCGACGCGCGCAAGGAGCAGACCAAGGUGUCCGUCAGCAUCGGUGGAUGGACUGGCUCAAACCGACUCUCUACAAUAAUGCGCGACGUGCACAAGCGCGCGACACUCAUACGCUCGAUUGGCGAGUUCAUAGAAAAGUACGAGCUCGAUGGCGUCGAUAUCGAUUGGGAAUAUGUCGGCCGUCAGGGCUCCAAAUGCAACAAAUUCUCGGCCACCGAGGACUCGGCCAACCUCUACACUUCCUCCGGGCGCUGCGCGCAUCACUCCACACGCGUUUUACGCAGGAGGACAAGCUUAUUAGCCUGGCCGUACGCGUGCAGCCAUUUGACAACGCUGACGGCCCAAUGGAGGACGUCUCGCCAUUUGCCGAGUACGUUGACUUUGCAUCGAUUAUGGCAUUCGACAUCAACGGCGUGUGGAGCAACACUACGGGCCCCAACGCGCCGCUUGAGAGUCAGCGCGGCCGCGGUGCGCCUUACUCGUUGAGCCAGUCCGUCGACCAGUGGCUUGCAGCCAAAUGGCCCGCCGAGAAGCUCAUUGCUGGCGUCUCGUUCCUUGGCCGUUCGUUGACAACCCGCAACAUUAUCACUGCCAAACAGGACGCCAACAUGUUUGUGCCCUUUGACCGCGACAUUCCGCAGGGCGACGCUGAGGACGCUCGCUGGUACGACGUGUGCGAGAACGUCAACACAAUGUCAGGCAUCUGGCAGUAAAGCAUUUGCGCGAUCAGGGAAUCUUGAAGACCAUCAAUGGGACCGCCGACGAGUGGGUUCGCGUGUGGGACGAGAAAACAGCACGCCAUGGCUGUACAACUCGCAGAUGCGCCGCUUCAUAUCGUACGACGACCCGCAGAGUCUGCAGAAAAAGGUCGAGUAUGUGCAGCAGAAGAAUCUGAAGGGCAUGAUGGCAUGGGGUCUCCACGGCGACUACAAAGACGAGCUGAUGGACACCCUAAACCGCGUCGGCCCGUUGUGCCGCGGUCCAAGAUUGACACAGACCAGCCGCUGACCAUGUCGUCGUUGGCCUCGUCAAGUGCAACAUCCAUGUGGUCGCCGACAGUGCCGUUUGUAUUCUUGCCAAAGACCACAGUCCAAUCUUCGCUAUUGUCGUCUGUGUUGCAUACGUUGUCAAGCACUCUGUCUUCAGGCCACAAUGAGGCAGCUCAGGCCAGCAGCUCGCGGCA